UAUUUUUUCAAAGUUUUUUUUAUGUUAGUUAGAAUUAUAAAUAGAAUAAAAUGGAACCAAAUAGUAGUCUAAGAAUUAAUAGACCUAGAAUUAAUGUUAACUUGAACCCAACAUUUGCCCCCUUGUGUACUUUUAUACAACCAUAUGAAAAUGUGAUUGGUGGACCUCAACAACUGUUGAAUCAAGAGUUUGGUGGUAUGCAAGUUUUAAAUUUUGAAGAAGUCUUUAAUAUUUCAGAAAUUGAUAAAGAUGUGCAUUUAAAUAUGGGCUCAAAUAAUAGAUCAUUUCCGUUUCAACAGAUGCCAUUUUUACUAGAUGGACAUUAUCAUUCUUUCCAGUCUGAAACAUGGUCUCCCAUAAAAUUUCAACUACCUCCAAGCCCUAUAUCUGUUCAACUUCCUCCAAGCCCUAUUUCUGUUAAAAGAUUUGAAAAGAUUGAUGAAAUAACAGAAGACUUUGAUACUCAAACAACAGAAAAACGCUUUACUAUGAGCCACUUUGGAGAAAUAGAUAGUGAACUUUGUUUUGAAAAAGAUAAUAUUUUAAAUCAAGCUAUUUCAAUUUGUGAUAGAAAAUUAGAAACUCAGGAAGAUUAUAGCACAUUCUCAAUUGAUAGUUUAUUUUCUAGUCAGAGUGUUGUUUAUAAAUCACAAGUAAAAAAGCCAAGUUUGUUUUUAACAGUUAGUAAAGUGUCUGAAAAUUCUGAAAUGAAAAAUGAAAAAAUAAAUAAAGGUCUGAACAAACGAGUAAAUGAACGACGAAAAGAAUUGUCUGAUAACAUUCGGUCGUUGAAUAGUUUACUACCAUAUGCAAUCUGUCAAAAUUCUCGAGUAUCACGUGAAGUUACAUUGCAAAAGGCUCAUGAGUACAUUGUUUACUUAAACGAGGAGAUAGAAUUUGUCAAAAGUCAGUUCAAUAAAGCUGAGUUUGAAAAUAAAAGUCUAUUUUGGUUUUUAUUUCUUAUAGUUGAAUCACUUGUCCAGCCUGUUGAAUUAACUGCAUUAGAAAAAUCUAACUUUGCUCCAUAUGUUAAACCCAGCUCAACUAAGGCGCUAGAUAUAUUAAAAAGAAAGAAAAAAUACAAAAACAUGGUGAAAAGACCCAUGAAUUCAUUUAUGCUAUUCAGUAAAGAAAAUCGGCCCACAUUUUUCAAAUGUUUUCCAGGUCUAAGCAAUCGAGAAGUCAGCAAACUGUUGGGAAUAGCAUGGCAAUCUGUUGAUGAAGCUCACAAAAAUUUUUAUAGAGAAGUCUCGGUUCUUCAACGUUUAUAAAUUUCAAAUAUUUAACGCCCUCCAUUAACCGCACUUCAACAAAAUCUUAUGGAUAUUGAUAUAAUUAUGAAAAUAAUGCUUAUAAAACCGAUAUGAGAUAUUAGUGGUGCUGAGAUCUUAUUGGUUUGCGAUGGUUUGGUGUUUGAAAUUGAGUUCUACUCCUCAAUCUUUAAUUUUUUGAUUUUCUUUCAGUUGUUUCGUGAAAAUCUAGCUUGAAAAAUCUAAUCUGAUUAACAAUAAAAAAAACUUUAUAUUUUAUUACAUAUAUUGUUUAUGAUUUUUCUUUAUUUAAAACUGUCUUGUUAGAUCUUAGCAACUUUAGCUAGUUUUUUUUAAUUUCUAAUUCGUUGUAAGAAGCAAAUAAAAAAAAAGAAAAAAGUUGUAUAUUUUUUUAG